AUGAGGAUACUGUACUUGUUUAUCGUGAUUCUUAGCGUCAAUUCAGUUAAUUUCCACUAUAAUGAAUUAACACCUAUAGAUUUUCAUAUAGAUAAGGAUCCACCUCAAGGGAUUGAUAAAAAGAACACAAUCACAUGUAACGAUGUGUACGAAACAUAUUCAACGAACGAUCCGGAACAUAAAAUAGGAAACGUAAUGUUCAAUGAUAAAAUAGUAUAUGGAGAUUCAGAUAUACUGGACUACCGAAGAGUAAUGACCAAAACGAACCGUAACGGAAAUAAACUAUUGAUCAUUUAUAGCAUAUAUAGUAACUCAGGAGAUGAAAGGAGAGAAGUGACAGAAUUCAAAAUGACAAUAGGAUCAGAAGAGUACAUAGAAAUGGUGAGAACGCCAGUGGAAUUGGACCUAAAAGAGAAAGUAAAUCAAAUAUAUAGACCAAUCGUGGAAAUAAGGUACCCAAAUAAAACGUAUUUCAGAGUGUCAAAAAACCUUAGAGACACAUGGGUAAUAGGAUUAAUAAAGUUCGGAGAUCUAGUAAUAGAUGAUUCAAUAUACACAGUAACAUAUAAAGAAGCAAUAAUAACAUUGGAACAAGGAGAAGAAUACAUAUCGAUAAUGAAAAGAACAAAAGAUGGACAUAGUAUAAGAACAAAGUACCGAAUAGUGGAAGAAAAUGGAACAGUCCAACUAAACCAAUUGGAAGAAAACAUACAAAGACUAAGCCAUAACAUAGAGUCAAACAAUAGAAUAUCAGUAAGAAUAAACAUACCGACAGUGAUGCCAAACUGCGUCAAGUACAGAUUCGCACAUAACACACAGUGCGGAAUAUAUGAAAUAGGACCAGAAGAUAGAGAAUAUUUUAAAAUAGGAGCAGUGUACGAGUACGGAAUACUGGUGUACGAAGAUUCAGACAUACUGGUGGAAAGAAAAGUAUAUAAACUGGCGAGAUUGUCAAUACCAGCAAGCAUAAUUCAAAUAAAUAGUAAGUAUAAAAAAUCAGGAAAAAUAAUAGGAGAAAUAAUAGAAUUGAUAAGAUUACCACACGAAGAUAAGUUUAAAGAAAUAGUAAGAAGACCGUUUGAAAUAAACAUAAAGAAAGGAUACAUAAAUAGCCCAGCAGUAAGAGUGACGAGAGACAGAAACAGAGAAAAAGUAAGAUAUGAAAUAAGAAACGAAGAUAGACUGAAGUACAUGAUAGGAGAAGUGAAGUACGGAAACAUAAAAAUAGAAAGCUACGUGAACACAGUAACAUAUAAGACAGUGACGACGUACGAAGACGCACACAGGAACAUAAUAGUGGAAGUACACAAGGUAAUGAAGACAGCAGAGUUCAUAAGCACUAGAUGCAUGAUGAUAUUCGAUGAACCACCGGAAACAGGGUUCUGCCAAGAACUGGAAGUAAAAGUGACAAACCUAUACCCGUGUGGAUUAAAAGAAUGA